GGCAGCGGGUGCAGAGGGGCCGGAUCCCCACUCUGCACUUCGAGCAGCCUCAGCUUGCGGCCGCGGGCAGAUAACCGGGUGAAAUUCCGUCUAGGCCGGGUGGCGUGGGCGCUGUCCCUCGGCCUCGUUCCCCGGGCCCGACCAUGCGUCUGCCGGGCCACCUCCUGCCUGCCCUGGUCCUGCUCCUGGCAGCGUCCCCAAGCUGGGCCUGGGUCCCCAGCCACUGCAGGGCCCCCGGCGAGGCCACAUGCAACUUCGUAUGCGACUGCACGGAUUGCUCGGACGAGGCCCAGUGUGGUUACCACGGGCUCUCGCCUGCCCCGGGCGCCCCCUUCGCCUGUGACUUGGAGGGAGACUCCUGCGGCUGGCGGGACAUCAGCACGUCAGGCUACAGGUGGCUCCGAGACCGGGCAGGAGCCACACUGGAGCCUCUGGGCCCGCGCUCCGACCACACUCUGGGCACAGACCUCGGCUGGUACAUGGCUGUCGGUACCCACCGCGGGAAAGAGACAUCCACGGCAGCCCUGCGCUCCCCGGUCCUGCGCGACGCCGCCCCCACCUGUGAGCUGAGGCUCUGGUACCACACAGCCUCCGGAGAUGUGGCCGAGCUGCGGCUGGAGCUGACCCACAGGGCGGAGACGCUGACCCUGUGGGAGAGUUCUGGGCCCUGGGGCCCAGGCUGGCAGGAGCUGGUGGUGACCAUUGGCCGCAUCCGGGGCGACUUCUGGGUGACCUUCUCUGCCACCCGAAAUGCCACCCACAGGGGCACCGUGGCCUUGGACGACAUGGUCUUCCGGGGCUGCGGCCUGCCCGCCCCCCAGGCCCGCUGUCCCCUGGGGUACCACCACUGCGGGAACAUGGCCUGCGUGGAGCCCCACCAGCUGUGUGACGGAGAGGACAACUGCGGGGACGGCUCAGAUGAGGACACGCCCACCUGCGGCCGCCACACGGCCACCGACUUUGAGACAGGCCUGGGCCCGUGGAGCCACCUGGAGGGCUGGGCCCGGAACCACAGCGCCGGCCCCAGGCCCCCAGCCUGGCCGCGCCGGGACCACAGCCGCAACAGCCCGCAGGGCUCCUUCCUGGUGUCCGUGGCCGAGCCGAGCGCCCCCGCUGUCCUCUCCAGCCCCGAGCUCCAAGCCUCAGGCACCCACAACUGCUCGCUUACCUUCUAUCACCACCUGCACGGGUCCCAGGACGGCUGCCUCCAGCUAUUCCUGCAGCUUCAGAGCCCGGGCUCCCCCCAGAGCCCCAUCCUGCUGCGCAGGCGCCAUGGGGAGCUGGGGGCCGCCUGGGUUCGAGACCGGGUCGACAUCCAGAGCGAGCACCCCUUCCGGAUCCUGCUCGUGGGGCACACGGGCCCAGGUGGUGUCGUGAGCCUGGAUGACCUCAUCCUGUCGGACCACUGCAAGCCAGUCCCAGAGGUGUCUAGAUCACCUCCCGGGCCCCAGGCCGCAGCCCCCUGGCGCCAGCAGUCCAGCCUGCAGCCCCGGGACUUCUGCGAGCCAGGCCACCUUUCCUGCGGGGACCUGUGCGUCCCUCCAGAGCAGCUCUGCGACUUCCAGCAGCAGUGCGAGGGGGGCGAAGAUGAGCAGGAAUGCGGCACCACGGACUUCGAGCCCCUCACAGCGGGCGGCUGGGCGGAUGCCAGCGUGGGGCGGCUGCAGUGGGGGCGUCUCCCGGGCACAGAUGCCGGGCACUUCCUGUCCUUGCAGAGGGCCUGGGGACAGCUGGCCGCGGAGGCCCGGGUCCUCACACCUCCCCUGGGCCCCUCGGGCCCCCGCUGUGAGCUCCACAUGGCUUACUAUUUUCAGAGUCACCCCCAAGAGGUCUCCUGUAACUUCGAGCGGGACACGUGCGGCUGGUACACCGGCCAUGUCACCGACGCACACUGGCGCCGGGUCCAGAGCCACGGCCCCCGGUACGACCACACCACAGGCCAAGGCUACUUCUUGCUCCUGGACCCCACGGACCCCCCAGCCCGGGGCCCCAGCGCCCACCUGCUCACCCAGCCCCAGGUGCCGACGGCCCCCCAGGAGUGCGUCUCCUUCUGGUAUCACCUCCACGGGCCCCAGAUCGGGACCCUGCGCCUGGCGAUGAGGCGGGAAGGAGAGGCGGAGACGCUCCUGUGGUCGCGGACCGGCACCCACGGCAACCGCUGGCAGGAGGCCUGGGCUACCCUCCACCACCAGCUGGGCUCUGGCGCCAAGUACCAACUGCUGUUCGAGGGCUUCCGGGACGGCUACCGUGGCACCAUGGGCCUGGAUGACGUGGCCGUGCGGCCCGGGCCUUGCUGGGCCCCCCGGCGCUGCUCCUUCGAGGACUCAGCCUGUGGCUUCUCCAGUGGGGGCCAAGGCCUCUGGACACGCCAGACCAAUGCCACGGGCCACGCCGCCUUGGGCCCCCGCGCUGACCACACCACAGAGACAGCUCAGGGGCACUACAUGGUGGUGGACACGAGCCCGCAGGCCCUGCCCCGUGGCCACGUGGCCUCCUUGACCUCAGCGGAGCACCGGCCUCUGGCCCAGCCCGCCUGCCUGACCUUCUGGUACCACCUGAGCCUCAGAAACCCAGGCACCCUGCAGGUCCACGUGGAGGAGGCCGCGAGGCAGCAGGUGCUCAGCAUCAGUGCCCACGGGGGAUUCGCCUGGCGCCUGGCGAGUGUGGACGUGCAGGCCGGGAGGGCCUGGAGGGUGGUGUUUGAGGCGGUAGCCGCCGGCCGGGAGCACUCCUACAUCGCGCUGGACGACCUGCUCCUCCAGGACGGGCCGUGCCCCCCGCCAGCUUCCUGUGACUUUGAGGCUGGCCUGUGCGGUUGGAGUCACCUGGCCUGGCCUGGCCUGGGAGGGUACAGCUGGGACUGGAGCAGCGGAGAUGCGCCCUCCCACUACCCCCAGCCGCCUGUGGACCACACUCUGGGCACAGAGACAGGCCACUUUGCGCUCUUUCAAACCGGGGUGCUGGGGCCAGGGGGCCAGGCGGCCUGGCUGCGUAGCCAGCCUCUGCCUGCCACCCAGGCCUCCUGCCUUCGCUUCUGGUACCACAUGGGCUUCCCCGAGCACUUCUACAAGGGCGAGCUGAGGGUGCUCCUGAGCAGCGCCCGGGGCCAGCUGGCCGUGUGGAGCAUGGGCGCGCGCCUGCGGCACCAGUGGCUGCUGGCCCAGGUGGGGGUGGCCAGCGACGAGGAGUUCCAGAUCGUGUUUGAGGCCACUCUCAGCGGCCAGCCGGCCGUGGGGCCCAUCGCCCUGGACGACGUGGAGUAUCUGGACGGGCAGCACUGCCAGCUGCCUGCACCCGGCGAGGGGGACACAGCACUGGCCACAUCCGUGCCGGCCGCGGUCGGCGGUGCCCUCCUCGUGCUCGUCGUCCUCCUCCUGCUGGGACUGGCCGGCCGGCGCUGGCUGCAGAAGGGGGGCUGCCCGCGGGCCGAGACAGCGGCCGCGGCCCCCGGCUUUGACAACAUCGUCUUCAACGCGGAUGGCGUCAGCCUGCCGGCUUCGCUCACCGACAACCAGUAGACGAUGCAGAGAAGACUCUGGCUCCCACAGGAGGGUCCCCGGCCCCUGCUCCCGGCAGACAGAGCCCAGGGCAUAACCCCUGCCCCUCCCCCAGGACGCACUGAGCCCCCACACGGUCACCCAGCACAGAGACUGCCACCCAUGUGCCUGGGUGUGGUCCUCACCCCAACAAUAAAUGCCCUGGCCCCCGAGGGCAGCCCCCACUUCUUGGCUAAGGUCCAUGCAUGCUGCUGUCAGCGGGAUGAUGGGCUCUUGGGGACCCCCAGAACUGACCCACCGGGCCUGAAAGGAGGUGCCUGGGGGUACCUCCCACAGGUCUCAGUGCCUUAGGUGACAGGCACCAGGCAGGCCAAACCCAACGGGGCCAAGGGCUAGAGGCACCAGAGGCAGACACGGGGACCCGGAGAAGCCCCUGCCCCUGGCCGGGUGGGCACCUGACACUCAGGCGGCCCGGCCCAGCCUGUGCAAUCUGACCCCGGCCCUGCCUGGCUCGGUAUUCUAAUCUAGGACAGGGAGAAAGGCCCACAGACGGAGGUGGACUGAGUAGGAAGCACUCAAGCAGCUGUCGGGGGCGGGAGGAAAGCCGGUCUGGGGAGGAAACGCCCUGCUCUGUCCGUGAUUCCAAAAAGUCCCAUGUCCGUGUCCCAUCGUAAAGGGUCUGUGCCAUUAAGGGUCCCCGAGCACACAAUGCCGUGAGAAAACCUGAAUGGUCCCCAGAAUGAUGGGUCUCAAAGCAGAGGUCACUCGGUGCCCUGGGGACGCUGCCGAGCAGGUCACUGGAAGGCAAACCCAAGGUUCCCAGGCUCCUGACCUCCCAGGGUCCCAGGAUGAAGGCGACCCCCCUCUCUGAGGAGUCAAGGCCCCUGGCGUGCCCGCAUAGCCUUCUCACUUAGUAAAAUGGAGCAGAAUCUUCCUAACCCAGGGAGGACCCCAGGCUCUGCUCUUCCACAAGGGAAAUUCUUUAUAAAUUACUUAUUUAUUAAUUAGGCUCCACACCCAACAUUGGGCCUGACUCUCAACCCCUGAGAUCAAGAGCCUCAUGCUCUAGGGCGCCUGGGGGGCUCAGUCGGUUCAGCAUUCAACUCAUGUUUCCGUUCGGGUCCUGAUCUGCCGUGGUUUGAGUUCGAGCU